AUGAUUUCAUUCGCUUAAAUCAAUAAACCUUCCUUCCUAAAAUCUUUUGUCUAUCCAUUUUCAAUAGACUAUGAGACAAACUAGCAUCAAAUUCUUAUGCUCUUCAACAAGGCAACAGAUUCCUUUGAAGACUUUGGAGAUGAAUUCAACGAUUUGGUAGAUGGAAACAUAUUUCAAACUUUAUCGAGGUCUUUAAUGGCAAAAAGCUUUAAUCUAUUGGUCCCCUCAAUCUUCAAAAAAAGAAUGUCAGAAAAAUUGAUAAGUGAUACUGUGCAUACAUUCAAAGAAUAGACUGUCGAUCAAAUUAUGGACUCUUCUUAUAUCAGAGAAGUUUAUGGAAUGAUAACUUCGCAUGAAACAAUUAAAAUUUUGGGUAACGAGAUUUUGACUGUGGCUUUUAAGAUUCCAUAAAUCGAUUUAAAUUUAAUCAACAAAGCUAUAAAGGAAAACCUUUAAAAUUAAUAAAUAUAUGAGUUCAUUUGGCUGACUCUUGAUCAAAUUCACUUCUAGACAGAUGAUAUUAUUCAUCAUCUCUCAGGAAUACAUGUUGAAAACCUCCUUAAAAUUUCAGACCAAUUGAAAAUUGGAUCAGAAUUUAAUAUCCAAGAAACUUUUGAAUAAACUGAGAAAAAUUAAGAGAAAAUAGAGAAAGCUGAGUAACCAGCUGAAUAUGCUAUCAUUUUAUAUGAUGAAAGAGAGCAUUAUUAAAAUGUGUACGAGUCUCUAUUCAUGGGUAACUUCAUUUCUAAUAACAAUGAAAAAUGGACCUUUUAUAAAGCCUAUGAUUUGGAAUUUCCAGAUGAAAAAACCCUUAAGAAUUUAAAAGGUAUCAUUUUACCAGGUAGCAAAUACUCAGUGUAUGAUGAAUCAUUAACUUGGAUUGAGCCCUUGAAGGAUUUCGUCAGAAAAGUUUACUACGACUAUCAGAAUAUCAAGCUAGUUGGUAUCUGCUUUGGUCAUUAAUUAAUAGCCCACAGUUUGGGUGGGAAAACUGAGAAAAUGAAGCAAGACGUAUCAAAUUGUAUGUAUAUUGGCAAAGAAGAAAUUAAGCUUUAAAAUACUUUCUUUGAACUUCCUUUUGUUCAAAAAGUGCUAGAAAAUGUAGACAUAAGCAAUAUCAGAAUUAACCCUCUUAUUUUAAAUGCUGUUCAUUAAGACCACGUCAUUACUUUGCCUCAAGAUGCAAUUUGCCAUGGAUCAUCAGAAAGAACAAAUGUUGAAAUUUAUACAAUGGGAGAUAGAGUCUAUAGUUAUUAAGCACAUCCGGAAUUCAGCUACUAUCAUAUGAAAGAAUUUGUAAUUAAUAAACUAUUCACAUGGGGAAGGCUAAGUGAAUCAGAAAAAGAGACCUUAUAAACAGAGAUCUCUGACGACAGACUCUUAAUGAGACAAUUCAUUCUAAAAACAAUCAAAACAUUCAUUAAAAGUGAGUAUUGA